AUGGAAGACCCCUUAAUCCCCAACAGGCUGGAAGAACUGGACCAUCUGGAGUACCAAAAAAGAAAGUCAGGGUCCCUCUACAAGAUAAGGUCUCUGUGGAGCUCGAUCAUCGAGAAGUAUUCCGCGUUCGACGAGGAAGACCAGGGCGAUCUAAUCGAUUUGUCAACGGGCAGGAUUGUCGACGAUACUGGGCAUGUUAAAUCGAUGAGAGACCCGAGUUCCGGGUAUAUCUCUGUGUGGCACGAUUACUUUGACCAGGAAGAACGGUCGAUAGCUAGCACAGAAUACCGCCUGAAGAAGAAGAUGGGGUCCAGAUUCAAGGCCCCUUCCGUUUCAAUUGACCUUUUAGUGGAUUCAGACUAUGAGGAUGAUUUAAUUCCAAAUAAGCCGUUACCGCCUCUAUCUAGGGUGCAGAAACAGAAGAUCAACAUGGCUUUGUCGUCUGCCUCUUUGCAUGGGCCUUCGUCCCUUGUGCCGAGAUCCAAAUUCAAGUCAGCUACCCCUCGUUUUUCCAAUGAGCUGAUACCAUCCACUCCAACAACCACGAAGAGAUUGGGGAAGAAAUUCUCGCUUGGUGGAGGUGCCCUUAUACCUGCUACUCCACUUGACCCUGCUAGACGGAAGUUGUUGCUUGGAGCAAAUAGCGAGAAAAAAGGUUUGAGACUUUCAAAAAAACCGCUGAGUAGAGCUGAAUAUCCACUGGCAACCCCGGUUUCCAUGUCUAGGAUUUCGGCCAAACAGGGUUUGCAAAAGCCACCCAGGACCCCCACCUUCAAACAACACGUACAACUGCCACAGACCCCAAUCAGCUCCAAACGACCAAAUGUAUUCGAAACUCCUCGGGAGAAGCAAAUUCCUGAUAUGGGGCUGAUUCCAAUGACGCCGAUCUCAAUUGCGAGGCAAAAGAGACUGUUGUCGAGUGCACGGUACGUCACACCAGCCAAAACUACAGGAGAACUAAUUCCAGCCACUCCUGGGAGAAGUAGAGCACUGGCCUCUUUGGCUAUUAGUAAAGGAUGGGGUAUUCCCAGUUUCAGCAAUGAUUUGCUGUCCACGCCUGCUUCUAACACAAGAGCCAAGCAAAGGCAGAGAGAACAGCUACAGAAAGAGCAGUUGCAGAAAGAGGCCCAAGAAAAUGGGAGUCCAAGACCCAGCAAAUCUGAUAAUUUGGCUUUUGCAAGACCAACAAAAUUCAGAAGGCUGUAUCAAAAACCGGCAGAAGCAUUGGAUGAAACCUUGAUCGGAAGAACUGGUGCGAAGACUGCUGUUCAGGCAAAAGUGGUUAGUGGGGAUUCCAACGUGUUUUGGAAUCGUUGA